UGGUGGUGUCUUUGGGGAAGCAGCAUCAGGAACACUGAAACUUUUACAUUCACCCUCUCAACCACAACAAUCGUAUCCUUUGUCCUUAUGUCUUGUUAGCGAUUGUCGUGGUCUGGUCUAUUAGUACUAAAGCAGUGGCCAUUGAAAAGCUGAGACGUGCUGGUGUUUUCCUACUGGGCGAUUUUCAUUCGGCUGUUUAUUUUUAACUGUAUUUUUAGCUUCACAUGCUUACAGCUAUUGUUUCAGUUUCAAACGUCGGAAAGCCAACGAAAUCUAUAACAUUGUUACGAUGCUUCGUCUUCGAGCGUCUACAAACUGCGUGAUCCGUCACGGUCUGCUCUUGUCCGCUCCUGUAGGGCGUCAUGGUUUGUCCUUGUCGGCGCAAUUCUUUGGUGCAACAGAAACUCUGUCAGUUCCUAGCAUACGUAAGCUCUCGACAACGUUAGGUUCUGCAGAAGAGCCCAAGGAUCGUCGUGCACCUGCUAAGAGCGGAGGACCAGUUGAAAGCAACUCGUUCGUGAUGAACCUAUUUAAAGGCGAUGCUGAUUUCACACAAGUCUUUCCCUACCCGGAUGUUCUAACCGACGAACAGCUUGAGACUACGGGGAUGAUUGCGUCAACCUGUGAAAGCUUUUUACUGGAGAAAAAUGAUCCUGCUAAGAAUGACCGUGAGGGGAAAAUUCCGGACGAAAUUACCAGCCAUAUGAAAGAAAUGGGUGCAUUCGGGAUACAGGUUCCUGAGGAGUACGGUGGAAUCGGGGCCAAUAACCAACAGUAUGGAAAGCUUUGUGAAGUCUUGGGCUAUACCGAUCUCGCUCUUGCAGUCACUCUUGGUGCUCAUCAAUCGAUCGGAUUUAAAGCACUGCUUCUAUAUGGUAACGAUCAACAGAAGGCGAAGUAUCUUCCGAAUCUUGCAAGUGGAAAAACCGUUGCGGCUUAUUGUUUAACAGAACCGGGCAGCGGGUCGGAUGCAAUGAGCAUCACAACGAAGGCGGUUUUAGCUCCGGACGAGAAGCAUUACAUAAUGAAUGGGGAAAAAAUUUACAUUUCAAACGGACACACCGCUGAUAUCUUUACGAUAUUCGCUAAGACCCCGGUAGAGAAAGACGGUAAGGUUAAAGAUCGUAUCACUUGUUUCCUUGUUGAGCGCGCAUUUGGUGUAACGAGCGGACCUCCUGAAAAGAAAAUGGGCAUCAAGGCAUCUAAUACAACCACACUUCACUUCGACAAUGUGAAAAUUCCCGUCGAGAACGUGAUUGGAGUACCUGGUGAAGGAUUCAAGAUAGCCGUUUCCGUUUUAAAUAACGGUCGUUUUGGCUUGGGUAGCGUUAUGGGUGGAACUAUGCGUUACUGCAUUGAAAAAGCAACCAACUACGCGAUGCAGAGACAACAAUUUGGACGUAAAAUUGCCUCGUUUGGCAAUGUUCAGGAAAAACUUGCCAGGAUGCACAUGCUACAUUACAUGACAGAGUCAGUUGCAUUUGCACUAUCUGGCAACAUGGAUCGCGGCUUCACGGAUUACCACCUCGAGGCUGCUGUGUCAAAAAUUCUCGGUUCCGAAGCAGCUUGGUGGGUGUGUGAUGAAGCUAUUCAGAUUCAUGGUGGCAUGGGUUUCAUGUCAGAAACCGGCCUGGAAAGGGUUCUCCGUGACCUGCGUAUUUUCCGUAUUUUUGAGGGAGCUAACGAUAUUCUCCGGCUUUUCAUCGCCCUUCAAGGACUACAAUUUGCCGGAGGACAUCUUAAGGAGCUUCAGCGUGCUAUGGCUAACCCGGCUGCAAAUCUCGGUCUUAUCUUCGCUGAGGGCUCGAAGCGGGUGAAACGUGCUGUUGGAAUGUCCUCUGCGCCAUCACUUGAUUCACAUGUUCCUGUCCGGCUCCAAACGAGCGCGGCGCUCGCCUCACGUUCGAUCGAACAAUUCGGCGCAAGCUGCGAAUCUAUGCUCAUCAAAUAUGGCAAAAAUAUUAUCAAUGAACAGUUCUUGUUAAUUCGUUUGGCGAACUCCGCAAUAGAUAUCCAUGCGAUGAUGUGCUGCCUGUCCCGCUGUACAAAAACAAUGCAGAAAGGCCUCCCGUCCGCCGUGCACGAGGCUACUUUAGUGGACAUUAUCUGCUCAGAACUUUCUGAGCGAGUUGCAAGGAAUCUGGCUUCGAUCAGGUCCGCAGAGAAGUUGACCAAUUUCAAGAAGAUGCAGAACAUUGCGACAGGUAUGUACGAUGUUGGUGGUCUCACAACCAAGAAUCCCCUCGGGGUGUAAUGCGAUGCGAAAUGUGGACUUCAACGUUUACCUAACUGAGGACGCGGAGAGCUAUCCAAGUGCAAUCAUCUGUAGAUACUAAAAAUCACGCGAUUUUUUAGUGGAAAGAGGGCGGAAGGAAAAGAUAAAAUUUAUACCUUUUAGGCGAUUUGUCCAGUGAACUAGUAUGUGAAUGAGAAAUAACGUUUUAUCAACGUUACAUAAAAAAGGGCCUUAAUUUAGACAGAUACAACAGAAAAAUUAUUUCAGUCGAAGAAAUCGUUGUGAAAUAAUACGUGAAAUAGCUACACAGAAAGAAGAAAUAUCUGCAUCCUUUUUUGGGAUAUAAUGAGACGGUAAAAAAGUUCAUUUAUCUGACAUUUGAAGGAGCUCUGUUACUGCAAGGUUGUUAUUGUAAAUACAUUUUAGAAGAGUAGUAAAAUGGACUCUUUUUAUUAGUUUUGAGGACUGAAAACCCGCAAUUAAGGGGUUUUCUAAAUAGGUUUUAAAGGUAGAAUCAGUAGAGGCCAUUAGACUUCUAACUGACGUCUAACAGUUAGCGAUAGACAGAACCAGAUAGUCAACAUUGGGUGAUAUGCGCAAUAUAUGAAUAUUAUGGUUUUCGAAGUGCAACUAUUCAUAAAGACUUAUUUUAAUUGUUAAUUAACGGAACUUUUGACAAUUUUAAUUCACUCGUUCGUUUCAUUGCAGUAACGUGUAUGGCAGUUUUACUCGAAUAAUGGAUAUAUUCAUUUGCCAAGUAAAGCUCAUACAGGUUAAGGUUCCCACGAAUAAUAUGUAUAUAGCUGUACUAUAAGAGACAAACAAAGUCAUGCAAGUACACGUAGUCAAAAUAUUCUUAUCGUUAAAAGCUUACCCAUGCAACCGGUGAGAAAACGUGCGUAAAGGAUGUUAUGGAAUUUUCACAAAAUCCACUACAGUGUGCAUUGUACUUCAUUUCACACUUCAAACCACAUUAUUCAAAAUUAAAAUUUCUAAAUAAACAUUUGCGUACGAUUGCGUUCUUCUUUUGGUUAGAAAUAUGGGUCCUAGUACUAUCAUAAAAGGAGAUUUUUAUGACACAUUUUUUGAAAACAAAAUAACCUCCUUAAAUUUUAUUGGUUGCAUAUAGCUGCUUCGAAAACGUAGACAAGAGGUAUCUGUCUUGUCAGAUGAACUUUUCUAGUUGGAUGCCUACUGGACCAGAUAUCUUUUAGGGAAAUUGUAACGCCUUUACCAACGCGUGGCAGAUCCAAACUCGUCGUGAUACUUUUUUCCCUUAGUUCACGUAAGUACUUCAGUAUUGUUUCAUUUAGGACUCUCUGAAAUAUUCAAGAAUGUUUUCUUAAUAAUAACAGUGGUAAUAAACGAACAGAAGCUAAUAUUUUCCUGAAAAAAAAAUUACAUUUUGUAUAAAAUUGCUGUUCUAGAAACAGAUUGCAGACUGAUUUGAGUGCACUCCCCUUUUCUGCUAAAAUAUACGACCAGGAAAACUGAGAAAACAAGGUCAAGCUAAUAGAAUUCAUGAAAGCCGGUGACGCAAAUUAAGGAACAACUAAAACUUGUUUAGUGCAUGAACUUUAACAUUGCAAUAAUGGUUAUUGGCUUGUUUUUUUGAUAUGAAAAAAAGUUGGAGCAAUAUGAGAGUUAAAUAGUUUAUUUAUUUAGUUCCCACUUUGAUUUAACUUUUUUAGUUUUCUUUUCAGUUCGAUUCUCUAUGUGAAAUGCGCGCUUUCUUUUCGUGUAAGAUAUGCAGUUCUGCUAGUAUGACGGUAUCUGGUUUAUGAUGUGCAGUCAUUUCUACUCAUUCCAAUAUUCGCGUUCAACAAAGUUUUAUUGUAAGUUAUGUUUACCAAGUCACUCGUAAUGCGAGUAGAAGUUUAAUAAUCCUUGAAUUUUCUCCGAUUUUCAUUCCGCAUAAUAUUUAUGGUAACAGUUACAAAUUACCAUUUUUUCAUAAUUAACAUUAUCUAAUAUUUAAGCUUUUUUCUCAGUGUAUUUGGCAGUUGGAUGCUUCGCUAAAUCACGCAUCUUCCAUCUGUAUACUGAAUAUGUAUAUUCUGGGUAAUUCAUGUUUCGGUGUCGGAGAGUGUCGGAACAAUUCAGCUUUUAACCAGCGUAAAUGCGAUUGUUAAGGUGGCUAAGCUGAUUGAUUUCAUUCGUAACUUCCAAUCUAACAGAUCGCGUCGCAAAAGAAACGACCGACAACCCUGUCCCUGUCCCCAUAACAGCAUCCGAAAAUGAGACUUUGGAAAUGCUUAGUAAAAAUAUGUUUAGUAAGAGAUGACUUCUAUUUUAAUUAAAUACAACAUGAUUUUAGGUAUGUGCCAUUCGUUCGUCAUAGUAGUACAAUAUGCUUCUAUUGGCUUCAUUUAGGUAAUAGGUAGAUAACACUUAAGAAAAAUUAAUAUUAAUUUGCACAGUGCGGUACUGAAUUGGUAAAAACCACAAUGUUUAAGCACUAUACAGUAGAGACAAGAUUGUAAGUAGUUUAAGAAGUAACUGUAAGAAGAAAGAAAUCGCAUGUUACAUAGCUCUGAAGUUUAUUGUAGCGUAUUAGAUUUCAGUUGCGAGAUCAUACUCCAAAUAUAACCUUUCGGGUCAAAGUUGUAUUCCUCAAGGUGGUAUUUAAAGCCUGUUACAUGUAACUACGCUGACAAUAUGUCUUAGCCAAAUGAUAAAGGCGCCAAUAUUUUGUCG